GACAUCACCACCUGUAUGUUAUAUUUUGAUGAGUCGCCACCUGUAUUAGUAUUAGUAGUAUAUAAAAACAGUUACAAUUUCUUUCACACACUCACACCUAUUCUAUAAUAAUACUCAUAGUUUUCAGCUUCAUCAGCACAUCGAUCAACACGCACGUACGCGAGCGAUGGAGUUUUUCACCAAAACGAGCGUGGUGAGGCUGCGGAGCCACCUGGACAAGUACCUCGUGGCGGACGCCGACGGAGCGCGGGUCCGCCAGAGCCGGAGGGGAUCCGGCAGGGUAGCGCGGUGGACGGUGGAGGAGGUGAUAGCCGAGGGAGGGAUUAAUAAUAAGGUUCGCCUGAGGAGCUGCCACGGGAGGCUCUUAACGGCGACGGAGACGCCGUUUCUGUUAGGCAUGACGGGGAAGACGGUGCUGCAAACGGAGUUCGAGGCGGGCGCGGAUUUCAAGCACGAGUGGGAAGUCAUACGCGACGGGUUUCAGGUGAGGUUGCGGAGCUGGAGCGGGAAGUUUCUGAGGGCGAACGGAGGCACGCCGCCGUGGCGCAACACCGUGACGGUGGACGAGCCGCAUAGCUCGGCGACUAGGGAUUGGAUCCUGUGGGACGUGGAGCCUGUGGAGGCCGUGGAGGAGCUGGUGGAUGAGUUUUUGUAUGAGAAUGACGACGUCGUUUCGUCUUUUGCUUCGGAUGAUGUAUUAUCGGUGGAUUCGGAGCCGGCGUCGCCGAUGUCGGUUUUCUCUCUCAGUUCACCGCCGGCGAGACGGAACUCCAAGCUGAUGCUGAUGCAGACAAUAAGUUCGAACAAGUUCAGGACUGGCAUGGACUUCUUUCACCGCGCGAAGGCGGUGCGCCUCCGCAGCCACCACGACAAGUACCUCCUCGCGGAGGACGACGAGGAUUCGGUGACGCAGGACCGCAAAGGCUCCUCGAAAAGCGCGCGGUGGACGGUAGAAUACGUGGCUGAAUACGAUAACAUAAUUCGCCUGAAGAGCUGUUACGGCAAGUACCUCACCGCCUCCAACCACCGCUUCCUCUUGGGCAUGACCGGCCACCAGGUCCUCCAGACGCUUCCUUCGAGGCUAGACUCUUCUGUUGAGUGGGAGCCCGUCAAGGAAGGAGGGCGCGUGAAGCUCAAGACUCGUUACGGGAAUUUUCUCAGAGCUAACGGCGGGUUGCCGCCGUGGAGAAACUCCGUUACGCAUGAUAUUCCGCACAGGACCGCCACGCAGGAUUGGAUCCUAUGGGACGUGGAUGUUGUUGAGAUUUAUGUGAACUCUCCCGCGAGUCAUGAUAGACCCUCCGCUCCGCCGUUGCCGGUUGAGGACUCUGUUCCCAUACUAACGAGCGCACAGGUGCCGCCGCCGCCAACUGUUUCUGCUAGCUUUUCAAGGCAACAGUCCAAUGAUUUGUCACCUAAGGUGGAAGGGAGAACUAUAUACUACCAUAUUGCUGAAGACAAUGGAGAGGUGUUGGAUGAAGGCGUGCAGGGGUAUUCUUUGAUUUUCAAAGGGAAUGGAGUUGAAGAAUUGACUCGAAAGUUUGAGGAAGAAACAGGGCUAGAGGGAAUCAUUGUGUGUAAUCGGAGUCCAUUGAAUGGAAAGCUUUAUCCUCUUCGCUUGCAGCUUCCUCCAAACACUGUCACCAUGCGGGUUGUUUUGGUUCUUCCCAUGUCAAAUUUGGCAAGAGACUUUGAGGAACAAGGCUUACUGUGAGAAGCCUUAGAGUUUUCCAACGAAGACCUAUGUAUAUGUACUGAUCGAAGCCAGUUCAGAAUUUAGGAAUUAAUGUGUUCUAGUCCAUUGCAUUUAUUAAGCAGAGUUCAUCGUGGUCCUGUGUGGGAAGCUUAGCGUUGUCAUGGGAUGGGUCAUAAAUGAAAUAUCCUUUCAUCAAUGACAUGUGCUAUAGGCGAUUCUGAUGGUGGAUUUUGUUGGGGCUUCUUUUUCAUUAACUCCAGCUUUAAUAUAAGCACAUGUUGCAUGUGGAUUCCGGGAAUUUUGUUGUUUGAUGGUUUAUGUAAUUUUAUGUGCUUCAUGAUUUUUUCUCUAGGUGAUGUACGGCAUGUAAAUGGUAUAAGUUUUGUCAGCAAUAUAAAUUUUCUUUUAUCAGAUAUAAAUAUAAACUUUUAACAUUCUAUCAGCCA